ACAGUCAAGCAGUUCUGUCUCACACACGCUUUCCUCAGCAUAGACGAAAUACUUAGCAGAAAUGAAGUUACUGAUUCUUGUCCUGCUGGUGGGUCUUGCAGCAGCAACGCCUCAACCUCUCGCAAAUCCUGAUCCGAGUCCGAGCCCAGGACUCGGACUUGGAGGCCUUGGAGGCCUUGGAGGUCUCGGAGGUCUCGGAGGUCUCGGUCUUGGUGGAUUAGGUCCUGGUGGACUUGGAGGCUUAGCUUACGGUCUCAGAGGCCUAGGUCUCGGAGGCGGGGGAUAUGGUCUCGGAGGCGGGGGAUAUGGUCUCGGAGGCGGGGGAUAUGGUCUCGGAGGACUCGGUCGUGGCGGUUACGGUUUAGGAGGCAUUGGUCGGGGCGGCUACGGUCUAGGGGGCCUGGGACUUGGCUUUGGCAACGGCAUCGGCGGCGGCUUUUACGGCUGAGAUGCAGGACCUUUGAGAUUUUCAUGGUGAAUUUCGACUUUAUGUAUCAUUAUAAUCCAUGAACCUCAAAAAUAAAUAAGUUGUUAAGUAA